AUGCAGCUCUUCCGGAAUCUUACCACUCUACUCAGCUUGAUCGAGCUAUCACCAACGUAUCAACAAUUUGCCCAAGUAGUCCAAGAUAUUUGCGUAACUGAAGCUUUGGAACACGGCAUUAUGACAUUCAUUUAUACCAGCAUCGGGAAUGAUAAUUGCGACACUCCUAAUCCUGCCCACUUAAAUGUGCCACUUAUCCUGCACACACUUGGCACACAAAACCCAACAGCAACGGUCAUCAACAUCGAUAGCCGUACGCCAAUUGAGCGUUUUAGGGAUCACUUCAAUCACAACAUACUUAGUAUUGUUCAACUUAGCCAAAACAAGCCGAGGGAUGAGCAAUUGUUGCAGACAUUGUGGCAACGUUUGCACUGGAAUAUCCAAAGUUGGAGCAUACUUUUACUUGAUGACACAGCCAGUGAGGCAUAUGUUGCGACGAUUCUUAAAUUUUGUGCCGCCGAGCGUGCUGUAAACAUCAUCGCUUUGCAGCCUCAUAUGGCGGUGAGAGAACGGAGCUAUUGGACAUUACAAAUAUUUCCCAUUCAGAAAACUAUCAAACGAACAUUCCAACCAUUUUACCGAGAUCUUUUUCCCAAAUAUUUAAAAAAUAUGCAUGGACACCCUUUACGUGUAAUGGACAAUGGUUGGUAUCCAGAAUUUUAUAACUAUACACUUGAACAAGGAUCAACCACGCUUAGUGGUUACAUGGGUAGAGUCCUAUCGGAGUAUGCAUAUAACCACAAUGCCACAAUUCAGUUUCCAUUUUCGCUGAUGGACAGAUCUGUGCCUUAUACUGGAAUGAGAGAAGCUUUAGAGCACAAUGAGGCAGAUAUUGGUUUACUUUCACCGAUAGCACCAGGUGAAAGUAAACUGAGUUCAACAUCUGUAGGGCACCGAAAGAGUUGGUGUCUUAUGAUACCAGUGGAAAAACCAAUGCCGCCACACACUUUUUAUUAUAGUGUAAUGGACAAGAAAUAUCAGCAGCCAAUUAUGGAGAACUGUAUCAAUGUAUCGGUGCUUCAAGGUCUAUUGGGUAUGACAUUUUGGACAAGGAAGUCCAUUUCAACCAUUCAUAAAAUCGUGUGCGUUAUUAUCUCGUUGGCCGGUAUCAUCCUAGGUACCGCUUACAGUACUUACUUGCAGAGUUUCAGUGUGGAUGCACCUAAAGAGUCCCCGAUAAAGACUAUUGAUGACGUACUACACCGUGGGAUUAAAAUAGCUAUUCCAGCGGGUAGUGUGCCCUUUCUAAAGAACAAUAACUCGGAGUUUUUGUUACUGCGAAAUACUUUCGAUACAAAUUACGCAUUUUCUGUCACCGACAUGUGGCCUAUAUACAAUGAGCAACAAAAGUAUUUCUCACGACCGCUUUUCCGAAUUUCAGAUAUUUGCUUUGUAAAGCAUCAGCAAUUGGUAUUACACCUACAAAAGAAUUCAGUGUAUCGUCAAAGCCUAAAUAAAUUCAUUUGGAAACUGCAGGAAGCUGGGUUGAUAAGCUACUGGAUGCGUCACAGCUUCGUAGAGUUAUUGGAAAUGGAUGUGAUUUCAUUAGAAGAUCGAAAUAAGCAGCCUAUUUUCGUGCCCCUGAAAUUGGAAGACUUGCGUGUGUUAUGUGCUCGCCAAAAAUUGCGUGUGCUAAUGCUAGAAGAGAAUCACCUUGUGGUGGAUGAGAAGUAA